CUUCUCCAUAACCACCUCCUCCACGGCCUCCUUCAUUGUAACGGUUUCGGUCAUCUUCUUUGCAUCAACGGCCGUGAAGGCGGCUCAAAGUUCAUCUCCGGCCACCAAUUCAUGGACCUUUGGGACCGCCUCUGCACUUCCCUCCAAGUCCGGGAAGUGACGGUGGUGGACACAUCUCGCAAGAAAUCGAUCGACCUCCGGCUACUACUUGGAGUCGCCUAUGGAUCCCCUUGGUUUAGCCGCUGGGGCUACCAAUACCGAAUGGGGAGCUUUGGUGUUACGGAGAAAAUUUACGCCCAAGAGCUUGAACAUCUUUCAUCUCUCCCGCUUGAUACGCUUGUCGCGGACAGCGCUAUGGCCGGUCGUAGCUGGGACGUCAGCCGCAUCAUCGCCGUCCACCGCAGGCUGUGCUGGUCCAACCACUGCGAGCUCGCCAACGUCCGCGACCUCCUCCGCUACCUCCUCAGCCUCAAGAACCGACCCGCCCCUAAUCCUUCUCUGCCACCGCCGCCAUCCAGGCCGCAGACGAAAAGAUCGGCUGCCGCGCAAAAGCAAAAGCGAUGCCGAGACUUUGACACGGUGGCUGCGGAGCUGGAGAGCCGGUGGCCAGUCAGAAGGCUCCGCGUGGCCGCCGAGGUGAUCGUUGACGCUCUCUUGGAGCACGGCGGGAUGACGCGGCAGGAAGUCCGCGACGCCGCACGCCUCACCAUCGGCGACACCGGUCUCCUCGACUUUGUACUCAAGUCGCUCGGCAACUGCAUUGUGGGUCGCCACGUUGUGCGUCGAACAUCCAACCCCGCCACCCGCGUGCUUGAGUUCCGCUUAGAGGAGAUUCCAGAUGCCGGUGGGGUAGACGAGGAGGAAUCAACGGUGACGGCAGCAUUAGGUAUGGGGCAGAUCGAGCGAGAGCUGGAGGUUGUUUGCCAGGCAUUAGUGGCAGCGCGACCGGAAGCAGCACGGGCGGUUCUGGACGGUAAGCACUGGAUAAAAAAAUUCCCACUAGUUGACGACAACGAUGACCGAUUGCGGUUUCUGUGCAAGUGGAGUCCAAGCACGAGCGAAAUGAAGAAGUUGACGCGUCCCUUGCCGCCGCCAGAGGUGGUGGUCGUGGAGGCGCACGCAUCAGUUGGGGAUUUGCGUGGGGAGGCAGAGAAGGCGAUGAGGGAAACCUAUUGCAUGAUGGAGGGGUUCCGGUUGUGGAGGGUUGAUGGGGUGGAAGGUGAGGAAUGGGAUCCGGUGAUGGUUGGCGGGGCUGAAUCCGGUUCGGUCGUGAUGGUGAGCGGGGAGGGGGCGGACUUGGAAUGUGAGCUGCGGUACGAGGGCGGAGCCGACUCGUGGGCUGUGGGGUGCGCGUGCGGCGCGCGGGAUGAUGAUGGGGAACGCAUGGUAGCAUGUGAUAGCUGUGAUGUCUGGCAUCACACGCGUUGCAUCGGCAUAUCUGAUGGCCAGCCGGUGCCGCCGAUGUUCCUGUGCUCAAGGUGCGGCUCUUCCAUCCUCGGCGCAGCAGCUACUUUCGAGGCCACGUUGGAUCUGCACUGGUAG